AUGACACAGCAGAUCAGUGGCUCGCCGUUCCUCAAGCCCUUCUUUCUGAAGACGCCCGUCAGAGUAGUCAACCCUCUGCGACAGAGACGACACACACUCCCCGCAAGCGAGUUCAGGAACCUCACGCCGCAGGAUGCCAUCAGUGUGUUUGAGAUUGAGAGAGAGGCAUUUGUCUCUGUGUCUGGAGAGUGUCCUCUUACCCUGGAUGAAGUGCUUAACUUCCUGGGUCAGUGUCCUGAGCUGUCGCUGGGUUGGUUUGAGGAGGGACAGCUGGUAGCGUUUAUCAUUGGCUCUGGCUGGGAUAAGGAGAGGCUUUCACAGGAGGCAAUGACUCAGCAUGUCCCAGAUACCCCCACUGUGCACAUUCAUGUGCUGUCAGUUCACCGUCACUGUCGCCAGCAAGGUAAGGGCUCCAUCCUCUUGUGGCGCUACUUGCAGUAUCUGCGCUGCAUGCCGGGCCUCCGUCGAGCUCUGCUGAUUUGCGAGGACUUCCUGGUGCCCUUCUACCUCAAAGCCGGCUUCAAGGACAAAGGACCAUCAGCCAUCUCUGUAACAAACAUGCAAUUCCGAGAGAUGGAGUACAUGCUCUGCGGGCAAGCAUACACACGGCGGAACAGCGGCUGCUAGUCCAUGAGCCUCUAACCCAGCCUCAACCACUUACUCACCUCUAACAUGGACUCAGGGCAGAUAAGAUUAACAAAAUACAGCUAACAGAUGGAGACGAAGAGCCAGUAUGCACCAGUGGACUGGGUUUAGUAUUGGUAACAAAGUCUUACUGGACACCCUGUUAGCACCUAACAGUAUCUGAGGACAGAGUGGAUUCAUGCAAAAAGAAGAACCAGCACCUUUACAGUUCUUUUUACCCAUCAGACAUAAAACUAUACUCCAUCUGUCAUAUACCAUUAGCACCUUGGCUUUGUAACAUUAAAAUUGGUUCUCCAUUUAUUGUUGUUUGUCGAAUCAUUCAAAAUUCCGUUUGUACUGUAAUCGAGGCAAUUAAUUGUACAUUUUGAACAUCACAUCUGGAAUUG